UCAAGUUGUGUUGUGACAAUUAUUGUCCCAAAAAAAAAAAUUUGAGGAAGCGUGAAAGAGUCGAUUUUUUUUUUCCAGGAAAGAAAAGGGAGGAAAAGUUGGAGACAAUAAGCAACAGCACGAUACUCGUCGCGGUUGAACGCGAAGGAAGAAAUCUGCUUCGGAGCUCCAUUACCAGUCAUUGAGCAAAGGAAGAACUAGGAUUAGACCCGUGGUUUAAAAGUUCGGCCUUUUUCGGCUAAUUUCUCCGUCAAAAUCUGGGUUCCGCCGGAGAUUUCUAGGGUUUUCCGCAAGGUGGGAUUUUAGGAUUUGGGAAAAUUUCGCACCGUCUUCCCAAAAUCGUCGAGCCCAUAAGAAUAAGAUCCUCGACUGCAUCCAAAUAAAGGGAUACAGAGAUUGCUGUUCCCUCGGUUGAACCUGUAACCGAAGCCUUAGGUCUCAAAGCCCGAUAGUUUGUACAUUCAUCGUGGGGGUUUUACCGCAUUACCAGCGAGAGACCUUCUCAACAUGAACAAUCAAUACCUUCAAGAUCAUGAGAGCAUGACAGUUGCAGGGUUCGAAGUUCCGAUAUCGCCUGCCUCGAGCUACGACAAUGCAAACCCUGGAACGGAAGAUGAAUCCCGAGAGCCUCCAUCAGUCCCACCUCACCUUCAGCAGUCUCUGGUUGGGUUCCCGGCAAGCGCAGAGACGGUUCCUUCACCUCAGAACGUCGUCCUGAACCAUCUUUACAUCGAAAACCGUGAGGCCCCUAGAUCUGUCGUGGCCCUUGGGUUCACCCAUCGGUUCAGGUCUAAGUACGUGACCGUUGUGCUUUACAAACCGGUUCAAAGAAGAGGUAAUAAUGCCAGUGUCUGAUAUUUUAAGCCAUUAUGGAUUUGGCCUUUUGUCCGGUUAAGCCCGGUUUACGAAACCAGCGGGUUAGACUCUCUUUUUUAUUAUUGUUAUUCUCUCUUACCGAUUCAGUUCGGUGGUUGGUUAGGUAACUUGAUUGAAAUUUGAAACUAUCUCGUUGCUUUUGUAUAAUUACCUGCAUUUUAAGGGGUAAACGUUUUUAGAUAUUUUUUUUUA